AUGUGUGUCUAUUGUGCGCACACGUUCAUUACAUACGGCUGUCUUCUGCUCCUCUUUGUGUGUAUUGGAUCCGUGGCGCAUAUCAAAAAUACACGAGUGACCCAGUCGGAAAUAGAACCUCCAAACACCACGAGAUCACAGGAACCAUUAGGUGAGCAACCACAGGCUAAAUUCGGGCGGCACCACCCGAAACUGCACAUCACUUUCAUAAUGCCAAAACGCGUGGACAACCACCAUUGCAUGGGAUGUGAAAACACACUCGCUAGGGAAAAAGAAAGAUGUACAUCAUCAACAGCAUUCGGAAUGAACACACGACACCGGGGCACAAGACCUGACGAAACGUUCACCUGCACACCAUGGAAGCCAACAAAUAAGUGA